UUAAACCAAGCACGCACGUGCAGCAAUGUUUGUCUCGCGCUGACUCUAACAGCUGCCAGCUCGUGCCACAUGCGUGUUUAAUAGUGCAACUCACUCACACACACUGUUCCAGCUCGUCAGGACGCACAGACAACUGUAGCUGUGCUCUUAUAGAUCAUUUGAUCGCUCAGACUACACGGACUUCUCACACAUAACAAGGAGAUGAAUAACUUUAUACUGAUUUUGCAGUUUUUGCCUUUUCUGUUUGGACCAGCACUGUGCUCAGAAGACGAGGCAAGAUUAGUAAAGACUCUGUUUACCGGAUAUAACAAAGUUGUUCGUCCUGUCAGCCAUUUUAAAGAUCCAGUAGUGGUUACUGUGGGACUACAACUCAUUCAGCUUAUCAGCGUGGAUGAAGUUAAUCAGAUUGUCAGCAGUAAUGUACGGCUAAAGCAGCAAUGGAAGGAUGUGAAUCUGCAGUGGAAUCCUGAUGACUAUGGUGGCAUCAGGAAGAUCAGAAUUCCCUCCACCGACAUCUGGAAGCCUGAUUUAGUGCUUUAUAACAAUGCUGAUGGAGACUUUGCAAUCGUCCACGAGACAAAGGUCUUGUUGGAGCACACGGGUAUGAUAACAUGGACUCCCCCAGCAAUCUUUAAGAGCUACUGUGAGAUCGUGGUCCUUCACUUCCCCUUCGACCUGCAGAACUGCAGCAUGAAACUCGGAACGUGGACCUAUGAUGGCAACCUUGUCAUCAUCAACCCAGACAACGACAGACCAGACCUUAGUAAUUUCAUGGAGAGCGGGGAGUGGGUGAUGAAGGAUUACAGGAACUGGAAACACUGGGUGUAUUACGCUUGCUGUCCAGAUACGCCCUACCUCGACAUCACUUAUCACUUCCUCCUGCUCCGCCUCCCACUCUACUUCAUCGUAAACGUCAUCAUCCCCUGCAUGCUGUUCUCCUUCCUCACUGGGCUUGUGUUCUACCUGCCCACAGACUCUGGUGAGAAGAUGACCCUGAGCAUCUCUGUCCUGCUCUCUCUGACUGUGUUCCUGCUGGUGAUUGUCGAGUUGAUCCCCUCCACCUCCAGUGCUGUUCCACUCAUCGGCAAAUACAUGCUCUUCACCAUGAUCUUUGUCAUCGCUUCUAUCAUCAUCACUGUGAUUGUCAUCAACACACACCACCGCUCCCCCAGCACACACACCAUGCCUGCCUGGGUCCGCAAGAUCUUCAUAGACACCAUUCCAAACCUGAUGUUUUUCUCCACCAUGAAGCGACCAUCCCAGGAACGACAGGAAAAGCGUCUCUUUCCUGCCGAUUUUGACAUCUCUGACAUUUCAGGGAAACCCAUGCCAGCCUCUGUCACUUACCACUCUCCCAUAACCAAAAAUCCUGAUGUACGCAGUGCCAUCGAGGGUGUUAAAUACAUCGCAGACACCAUGAAAAGCGACGAGGAGUCCAACAAUGCCGCAGAGGAAUGGAAGUUUGUUGCUAUGGUCCUGGAUCACAUUCUUCUAUGCGUGUUCAUGGCGGUGUGUAUUAUUGGCACUUUAGGGGUGUUUGCCGGACGCCUGAUCGAGCUCAGCAUGCUGUGAGAUGACUGAAGGCCCAACUGAAGCCAGGGACUGGAGUGCCUCGACUCUCUGCCGAGUUGUAGCAAAGAGUCUACUUGGAGCAGUGUUCUUAGACAACAACUGGAAAAUAAAACACACACCACUCGUUUCUCUUCAUUCAAAGUAUAUCUGUUAUUACAGUUGCUCCUUCCCUCAGAGUGUCAGUACACUGUAUCUUGACAGAAUUAAGCACAGAAGCAGAGAAACAUGAGAACAUUAUAUUUCAUUCUGUGUAUUAUAUAUGUUAGAUUUGUUUCCAAUGUUUGUAUUUUUCUUGGUUUGUGUUUUCUGUGGUAACCAAUGUACUUGAAUGGCUUGAUAUUUAAACAGAGAAAAGAAUGAAUAAACUGUUUUUGAGUGUA